AUGGUCGAAUGGACAGACUUCGCGGCCACCAUCCAGGACAUCUUCUCCAAGAUGGACUAUGAGGUGGUGGGUCCUGCAGCUCUUUCCAGGUGUCUGGUCGUUCAGAGGUAUUUCGGUAACUUUGAAAACCUCUACAACACCUCUGCAAUCAUGGGAAAUCCGCUGGUUGCAAAACACGGAACGACUUUCCUCCACGGUCUGGACCGGGGUGUGAAGAACAUGGACAACAUGAAGGAAACCUACGCCGAGCUGAGCGUGCUGCACACCGAGAAACUGCACGUGGACCCCGACAAUUUCAAGCUCAUUUCCGACUGUCUGCCCGUUGUGGUUGCUGCUUGGUUGGGUAAAGACUUCACUGGUGAAGUUCAGGGCUUCCAGAAGUUCCUGGCCGUGGUGGUGUCCUCCCUGGGAAGACAGUACCAUUAG